AUGGCGGCAGCAGACGUGGCUCCCCAGUUUGGGGCGGAAUUAAAGGACUCAUUCAAACCAGUCAACGCUUGGGUAUCGAAUGGCAUAACAUGGCUGGAGGAAAUUCAACAAUUCUACCGCGAACGCAGUGCUAUUGAAAAGGAAUAUGCAGCGCGACUUUCGGCCCUGUGCAAGAAAUACCAGGACCGAAAAGCGAAGAAGAUCAGCCCAUUGAGUGUCGGCGAUACGCCGACUAUGACCCCGGGCUCCCUCGAGAGCGCCUCCCUAACAACUUGGUCCACCCAAUUGGCAACGGUCGAAGCACAUGCGGCGGAGCGCGACAAGUUUGGUACAGAGCUACUCACUCACAUCGCUGAACCACUGAAGCAAACGGCUGUGCAAUAUGAGGAAAUUCGUAAAUGCCAUUCGGAUUACCACGGCAAGCUCGAAAAGGAGCGAGAUGCAUCGUAUGGCGAACUGAAGAAGGCCAAGGGCAAAUAUGACGGAGCUUGCCAGGAGGUUGAGUCGCGGCGCAAGAAGAUGGACUCUUCAUUCGAUCAUUCCAAGACCAAGGCGCAGAGCGCAUUCCAGCAACAAUUAUUGGAAAUGAACAAUUACAAGAACUUGUAUCUACUCAGUAUCAAUGUGACGAAUAAGGCGAAGGAGAAGUUCUUCCACGAAUAUGUUCCGGAGGUCAUAGAUGGUCUACAAGAUCUCAACGAGACGCGAGUGAUAAAAUUGAAUGCACUCUGGACUCUUGCUACACAACUGGAAAAGCAAUCUUUUACCAACAGCGUAAAUAAUGCCUCCAAUCUUCUAACUGAAAUUCCCCGCAACGACCCUCGGCUAGACUCGAUGAUGUUUCUCCAACAUAACGCAAUCCAGGCCCAAGAACCGGCCAAUAUGGGUUUCGAGCCGAGUCCUGUUUGGUCCGAUGAUGCAUCCAUCAUUACUGACGAUGCUGCCAAAGUAUUUCUCCGUAAUCUGCUUGGUCAAAGCAAAGCGCAAGUGCGUGAGCUACGUGUGGAGUCGGACAGAAAGAAGCGGGAGGUUGAGAGCAGCAAAAAGAUCAGAGAUAACAUUCGACAAGGCAAAGACAACCGAAACGAGAUUGACAUUGUUCGGAGCAUCUUCCAUUGGCAGGAAAGCUUGCAUGAGGUGGACCGUAAAUGGCUGACAGCCGAGGUGGAAACAGCCACAAUCAUCGCGGUGGUGGGAGACUUGUCCGUGGGAGCACAGAACCACAACUUCCGAUCGCAAACAUUCAAAAUCCCCACUAACUGUGAUUAUUGUGGUGAUCGCAUCUGGGGUUUGUCCGCCAAGGGCUUCGACUGCCAGGACUGUGGAUAUACAUGCCACAGCAAGUGCCAGAUGAAGGUGCCACCGGAGUGUCCGGGUGAACAAUCAAAGGAUGAGAAGAAAAAACUGAAGGUUGCUCGACAAGAACAAGCGGGUGCAGGGCCUAGUGUUGAUCUCGAAUCCUCUGCAGCCUCAGCCACUGCGCCACCUCUUACUCGCCAGAAUACUAUGAACUCUCUAAGCUCAGGUUAUGCGGCUAGUGGAGCUCGUUCGAUAUCUAAUGUGGCCAUCCAACCCACGCCUGAAGACCCGACUGAUGAAGCUCCGCCGCCUGUUGCUGAGACGAAGCCAAAUGCCGGAAGAAAACAUCGGGUCAUGGCUCCACCUCCUAUGGCAUAUACGCCCGCGCCACCCCCAGAGCCCAACGCAGCAUCCAAGCCAAGAGGCAAGAUGCUGUAUUCCUACGAAGCCACGGGUCCCGACGAGGUGACGGUUCAUGAUGGAGAUAAUGUGAUAAUUGUGGAGGCUGAUGAUGGAUCGGGAUGGCUACGUGUGAGCAUUGGCGGUCAAGAUGGACUUGUUCCCGCGUCAUAUGUCGAUGCGGUACAGCCUCCCUCGGCUAGCCCGAGCUUGCCCGAACGACCGGGGUCUGUCUAUUCGAACUCCUCCGCUUCACUAGCAGCUCCUAAACGGGUGGGUCCGGCAGUGGCGCCACGCAGAGGAGCUAAGAAACUUCAGUAUGUGGAGGCGUUGUACGACUACGAGGCCCGCAGCGAUAUGGAGUGGAACAUGACUGAGGGCGAUCGAUUUGUUCUGAUCACUAAGGACACUGGCGAUGGCUGGGCAGAUGUGGAGCGUGGUGGAGUCACAAAGAGUGUACCAGCAAAUUACAUUCAGGAGGCGUAG